CAGUUGAUACUCUUAAGACUUCCAUUAUUUCAAGUAAUUGACUUCAACACCAGACAUUGUUUUUCAAAAUCCUCCGCUAUCUUUUUGGAUAAGUUAAAUCAAUUUCAUGCAGCUGACCAAAGAAUAAUUAUGAUUCACGUUGAAGCUCAAUCUCUUGAAUUAUUGUCAGGAAUUUCUCUUAUUAUAGUGUAUAGAGGACAAAGAAAGUUUAGAUAAGGAAGACAAAAUCUCUCUGUCAUAUAUACUACUCUCAUACUCGUCGGUUACUUUGAAUUUUCGUUUGCGUUGAAUUCCAUUUCGAGAGAAACAGAGGCAAUCAAGAGACAAGAUCGACCCGACACUCACACUUUAUAUAGAACUGAAACAGGGGAGAAGAUGAUGCAAAAAGAUACAGACUGGAAAUCUGGAAUGGCAGCUUUGAAGUUCCAUGUUCUUAUCUUGGCAUUCUGGGCAGGUGUGCUUAUUCCUAGCAGCUGCCAUGGUCAUUCAGGCCUUAUGAGAAAACAUGCAGCCCUGUACAUAUUUGGUGAUUCAUUGUUUGACCCAGGAAACAAUAACUACAUAAAUACCACCAACGAUUUCAAGGCAGAUUGGCUUCCCUAUGGUGAAACCUUCUUCAAGUACCCAACUGGCAGAUUCUGCGACGGACGCCUAAUACCAGAUUUCAUUGCUGAGUAUGCAAAGUUGCCAAUUGUACCUGCUAUUUAUCCGAGGAUUGUGGACUACACUUAUGGGGUCAACUUUGCUUCUGGUGGAGCUGGUGCUUUAGAUGAAACACGUAAAAAAGGAUUAGUUAUACCCCUUAAUUAUCAACUGCAUCUUUUCGAGGAUGUGGUGAAGCACUUAAAGCACAAUCUAGGUGAUGCAGAAACCUACACAUUGCUCUCCAAUGCUGUUUACCUGAUCAGCAUUGGAGGCAAUGAUUAUUUCGCUCCGUUAGCUACAGAUUGCAGUUACUUUGAGACUCACUCACAAGAGGAAUAUGUUGGCAUGGUGAUUGGAAACCUCACAAAUGUGAUCAAUGAAAUAUACAACAAAGGAGGACGGAAAUUCGGGUUUACAAGAUUGCCACCUCUGGGUCUUGUACCAUCCCAGAGACCAGGAAACAAUGGCACCUGUGUUAAAGAAGUUACGUCGCUAGUGAACAUGCACAAUACAGCACUUCCUAAACACCUCGAAAAGCUGAAGGGCAAGCUGCAAGGAUUCAAAUAUUCCAUUGCUAAAUUAGACACUUACCUAACUGCAAGAAUCAAUUACCCAUCUAAAUAUGGUUUCAAGGAAGGAAAGAGUGCAUGCUGUGGCUCUGGUCCAUAUGGAGGAAUUUAUAGCUGUGGGGGGAAGAGAGGUGUGACCGAGUAUCGGUUAUGUGCCAAUGGUCAAGUUCGUGUGCAAGAACUUGAACCAGAUAGUUGUAUCCUCUGGAUAGACGUCCGAAACUGCAGCACAAGUGGGAACGAAUUUCUGUCUUAGGUCACUGCAAGGCAGGCCUCU